GCGAUGCGGGUGUCGCGACCACGCGUUCGCGGAUCGCGCCACGCGCCGGGCGCCGCUAGCGGCAGGACGUGCGACGCCGCCGCCGACUGGGAAGCGAGCUCUCGCCGCACCAGCAUCCGCUGGCUCAGUCGACGCUGCGCCCGCUUGGGCCCCGUGCGCCGGCUCCGCCCCUCCUUUGUCGGAUAUACGAGAGCGUCGAUCCCACGCGCGGUCUCUGGGUGCCCGGACCGCAAGAGCCGGUGGUUUCGGGACGAGAGGAUCGACAUCGUCAGCUGUGAGCCACGUUCCUGGCGGCAGUGGCUCCCUAAUUGGUGGGAAAAGCUCGUCAGAGGCCCCAAGCGGAUGCCAAUCCCAAUGUGCAGGUCAGAAAUGCCUCAUGCAUCAAUUGCUGUGUGCCCGCUGCUGGUGCCGUAGGAGGAACCAUGCUGUAACCCGGCGUAAUCUGAUUGGACGAACAACAAAGGAAAAACAAAUAAAUAAAACUUGGAGCACUACAUUUCUGGCGAUGAAGA